CCGGUUUUAGGUGGGCGCAUGCAUUUGAAUGCACAGUUAUUGUUUUUGGGAGUUAUCUAAGUAAACACUCGAGAUUUUUAUUUCAUUUAUUUUUUGUAUAUGAAUUAAUUGAAGUGCAACACACUAAUCCCAUCUCAUUCCACGGCCACGUCGCUUCCAGUAUGUUUCGAAGUUUCGUCUUCCUGUGUUUGCUCGUUUGUUUUGUGGGGGCUCUAGAUGAAGAGUCUUGCCAUUCCUAUGCUGGCGGAAGCGUCUACCCACUAGGUUCGGAUCCCUCCAAGACUGACCACAAGCUGCAAUGGACAAAAGCUAUGAUCUCAAAGCCUGCUCCGUACUGGGAGAGUACAGCUGUUGUCAAUGGAGAGUUCAUCCAGCUCAAGUCCACCGACUACCUGGGCAAAUACAUGAUCUUUUUCUUCUACCCAUUGGAUUUCACUUUUGUGUGUCCCACUGAGAUCCUGGCGUUUAGCGACAGAAUCGAUGAAUUCAAGAAGAUCAACGCAGAAGUUGUGGCAUGUUCUGUGGACUCGCAUUUCACGCAUCUCGCUUGGAUUAACACGCCAAGAAAGGAGGGUGGACUUGGCAAAGUCAACAUUCCUUUGCUCUCUGAUCUCACACACAGCAUCUCCAAAGACUAUGGAGUGUUCUUGGAAGACGUUGGCCAUACUCUAAGGGGACUUUUCAUCAUCGAUCCCAAAGGAACUUUGAGGCAGAUUACCAUGAACGAUCUUCCAGUCGGUCGCAGCGUAGACGAAACCUUGAGAUUGGUCCAGGCCUUCCAAUACACCGACAAACAUGGAGAAGUCUGUCCAGCUGGAUGGAAACCAGGACAAGAUACAAUCAUUCCGAAUCCCAUUGAAAAGAAGAAAUAUUUCCAGAACCAUUGACGCUACUCAACCUGAUAAAAUACUUUCCACCCAAAGUAAACAUCACCUAUUUUUAUAUGAACAAUUGCAAAAUAGACAUGUAUUUUGUACUUAAUAUACAUAUAAAACAAACA